AUCCUCUCCCUCCUCUCCGCCUCUCCGAUCUCCUUCUCUCUACACUGCCCUCCCUCCGACGUGCGUCCGCUGCCUCUCUCUAUCUCCUUCGCCGCGUCGUCUCGCCAGCCGCGCACCCUCUUUCGCCGUCUCUCCUCUUGCGCGAUGCGUGUCUCCACGCUCGCUCUGCCGUUGCUUGCAGCCUGCGCUUCUAGCGCCUACACGCUGCCGUCGAACCAGUUCGCCGAAGCCUUCGUCGGCAACACGCCCGAGGCACACCUCGCCCUCUCCUCCGGACGCAAGGUCGACUCGCCCUUUGGCUCGGGCUGCGUCGGCACGAGCGGCAUCUGCGCCACGUCUCUCUCGUCGGCACACAAGACGGAGCGCGCGACGCUGCGCCGCGAGGUGCCGCCGGAGCUGUGGCUCGUGCGCGAGGACGUCGAGUGGGAGCGCGAGCUGCGCGAGGCCGAGCCCGAGGUGCGCCUUGCGCGCUGGCUCGCUCGCCUCGGCGGCAAGGACGCAGAGCAGAAGCUGUCGCUCUCGCAGGCCGAGCUGCUGCGUCUGCAACGAGAGGAGGAGGAGCACUUCCGCAAGGAGAAGGACACGCUCGAGGCACACAGCUUGGCGCGCCUCGAGGCGGCGCGCGCCGAGCGUCGGGCAGAGCUCGGCUGGCGCGCUCACUUCGUCGCCGACAUCGACGAGGCACCGCACUAUGGCGCUGAUCGCGACAAUGGCAGUCUGAGCAAGAAGGCAGCACUGCGCAAGCAACGCUCCCUCGACGCGGCCGAGGCACGCGAGCACGCCGAAUGGCAUGCCGCCCUGCGCGCACGCUUCGAACACCCGCUUGGCGACACCGACGAGGCAAAGUGGAAGCGCGAGUUCGACGAGGCAAGACUCAGCGUCAACGGCGUCUCGCUGGGCUCGAUGCUCAAGAAGCGUCAUGCCGCUGCUGCCACGCACUAAGGCUCGCCGCUCGUCGCCUCGCCCAUCGUCCAGCCCUUCGUCGUCCUCGCCAGCUUGUCACCCGCAUCCCUUCCCUCUCCGCAUGCCGCGAUAUUAGCCAUCUCUCAUCCUCCUCACCCCAUAGACCCCACUCCCUCACACCAUAGAGACCGGGCG